ACGGACAAUCAUUAUAUCGCCAGUAUAACACUCGACUCCAUUCGAAUCCGUCCUCUUCGACCGUCGUCGUCCACGGUCGAAUUUUCGAUCUUACGCGAGCUCUCCUCGCUUUUCCGUAGAGAAAAGGGAAAGGAGAGAGGAGAGAGAGAGAGAGAAAGUAGAAUUUUUCUUCUUCUUCUUAGUCCUCUUCUUCUUCUUCCUCUUCUCGUUGUUCCUCCUCUUUGGUGAACGGAACAGCGUCUUUCGUGUUGACUCCAUCGAAGACAAGAAAGGACCAGUCCCACCGACACACGCACGCAUCGUGCAUCCACAUCGACGUACGCGCACGCUCGUACCUAUAUACCGCGUGGCAAGGAGAAACAAGUCGAAGAGAAGAGAGCGCCGAUCGACGGGACGGUCACAAUCGCGAUACGAUGAGUCUCUUCUUGGGAAAUAAGGAAAAUGUGACGUGAGACCGGCCUCAAAGACCCAAAGACGUCGGCAUACGCGAUAUCGAAGCCUUUCCUUUCUUCUCUCCCACCUCCAUCUUCAUUAUACAUACACCACAUUAUCCUUCGUCGCAAGAUACAGAGUCGCGCGAACGUGGACCAUGCACGCUACCAAAAUGUCAGCACGAGAACGGACAAGUUUUCGUCCGAUCUCGCGCAGAAUCGUUACUGCAGCCUGCUGGAUCCUGGUGGCGCUAUGCGUCAGCGAGGUCGGCGGUCAAUUAUUGGACACGGAAUUUCAACCUACGGUAACGGCGACGUGCAAAGCCGGUUAUAUGACGAUUCGCGUGAAUCUCAACCAGAGCUUCGUAGGCGCGGUUCACGCCAGGGAUUAUCGGAGGCCUCAGUGUAUGGUACCCGGAAAUGGCUCGACGCACGCCACGCUCGGGAUAAACCUACUUGCGCCAGAAGGAGCACCGGAUUACUGCGGAGUCCUCGUUAACAAUAAUACGGAAGAGCGAUCGGUCCCUAUCGCGGUGAGGAUACACAAGACCCUCGAGCUUGCCGACGACAAAUUCUAUGUUAUCACGUGCGGCAAAGCGGGCUUUAAAAAUGCCAAGAACGAAACGUCGUUGGUGUCCUUACGACUGUUGGACGGCUCCCGUAGAGUGCAAGAGGCUAUUUAUGGUCACAAUUACACCCUAAGAGCAGAAAUCUCUCGUCCGGAUGGAAUGUACGGUAUCAGGGUGAAGUCCUGUUUCGCAUUUAACAAGAAGAAUGCCAGCGUUCAAUUGAUCGACGAGAAAGGGUGUCCCGUAAAGGCACGAGUCAUGACGAAAUUUAUAUACGAUCGAAACGCAGGCACGGCGGAUGCUACAUUGUUCUCCAUGUUCCGCUUUUCCGACAGUCCACAAGUGCAUUUCCAAUGCGACAUCGCUGUGUGCAGAGGAAGUUGUGGAAUUCCGAUGUGCGAGGACGACAAGGACGAAGGGGUAAAGGGUGGCUCCGCGAUCGGCGGACAAAACGUCGUCGGUGAGGAAGGAAUCCUUCUUGCCGGCACCAGCGUCUACGUUCUCGAACCAGGGGAGAAACCUAUGGUGCAGGCAUCCUACGAAGACGGCACCAUCCAUCCGUUAUGGCUGUUGUGGUUGGCGGUCGCACUGGGAAUACUGUUUCUCAUAAUGCUUAUCAUUAACAUAUUCCUGUGCUCGGCGAUGACCUGCAGCUGCUCUCAAACCGACAUCAUCGAGAAGGAGCCGUCGAUCGAAGAUUACGAUCCCUACCGUAGCUGGCACGGUUCUCAAUACGGGUCGAGAUAUUCGUUAAACGGCAAGCAAGGAUACGCUUCCGGCGGUUCGACGAUGAAUUCUACGAGGUCGAUAUCAACGAACAGCGAUCAUUACGCUAUCGUCCAUUCGCGUCCUGGAAGCAGAUAUUCCGGUCCUGGACAAAAGCAACACCACCAUCAUCAUCAUCAUCACAGAGGGCCACCGUCGAAUAUCGGCUCGCAUUACUCUGGAAAAUAAUGCUCGAUUAUUUUUAUCGAUGUUGCUAAUACUUCGAUCCGUCGAUCCGUUCUACGCUCGCGUCAUUUAUCGAUUUUCAAUAGAACUUUUUCUUUUUCUCCUUCGUAGAAGGAACCGAGAACGUAGACGGACGCUUGAACGCCGAAAGAAAGUAUAUGUUAACGUUUACUAUACUUUUAUGAUAGAUUAGAUUCUAUAUAUAGUUACUAAUUCAUUCAUAGUGCUGCUACGUAUUUACUUACGUCAACAUACGUUUCAUAUGCGUCUCUACGAUUGAAGACGCGAAAUAAAUUUGACGAUAAUUAUAGAAUAAGUAAAAAUUUACCUAACGAACGUUUUUCACUUUUCUUUUCUUCUUCCUUUUAACGCGAGUUUAAUGGUCAUUCGCGAUAAUCUAUUGUUUUCGUACCAAGCUUCAUGUGUAUUAUAUAACAGUCAUAAAGUAUAGUCACACUUAGCAUUUAUAUACCUUUUCGCAAUAUUAACUCUAAUUAAGGCGCGACGAGUGAGUGCUUUUGUAAAUAAAAUCGCGAACCACGUGUAACGAUAUCGUCGAUCGUCGAUCGCAUUUUUAAUUUUUCGAACACGGUGUACUGAGAGAGAGAGAGAGAGAGAGAGAGAGAGAGAGAGAGAGAACAAUGUAAUCCGAUAUUAGUAAAUAAGUACUUUUACAUCGAUACGCGUGUAAUACGUAAUAAAAGACGUUUCUACUCGUGCUUGCGUAUGUGCACACGUCGACUGUUGUUAUUACCUAUGGUAGAAAUCACUCUCAUACUAUUAGAUGAUAUUUUUUAUUAUUACGAACAAGUGUGUGAAAAAAUUAGUACACAUUAUUUUCGAGCUAUUUUAUACUUUGUACUUUAUACUUGAAACGCCAAUCAAAAAAUAAACUGUAGAAAUUAA